AUGUCCGCGGAACACCACCACCAUCACCACCACCAUCAUCACAAGAAGGAAAGCAAAGGUGGUGAACCAGGAACCCCACCGCCGGAAGGAGUCCCGGGCACAACCACCGACGCGGCGGCUGCGGACCCGGAACCCGCCCCUGCGAAGCAAUUCGCGACCAUCUACGAAUCGACGUUCCUCGAGGACAUGUUCGCGUGCUGUAUUGGCGAGCCUAAGCCGUUGUACAACAAGAUUAUCGGCCGGGGAAUCUUGGGCACUCCGGUGAACGCGGCGACCCAAGGGUUUAUGGACCGGGAGCUGUUCGGCGAGGACACGCAGCAGCAGGCGCUGGAGCAGAUCCUGGACGAGGAAGGCUUGCACAUCGCGCAUUCGAUCGACCAGCACCCGGACGAGUCCUCCGAGCACCCCUCGUUGCCGAAGCGACCCAGUCGGCUGGGGGUCAGCGUGGCGGAGCGCGUAGGGGAAAUGCAAAAGUCGCCGCGGCCCAACCCGACGAAAGACCGGAACUCGUCGUCGGAAGAGGAGGGUAGUCCCGGACAGUAGAAGUGAUUUUUACUGCAAAAAGCAAGGUGAAUAUGUUUAUGUUUGCGUUUCGUUCGUUUCGCUUUCCUGACGAAAAAACUGCAAUCGAGAAAGUAUGAAGCAGUUUCAAUUUGUUUCGUUUUCUGAAUAUGAAUUUCCAAGAAUCAACACACUGAUCGGUGAGAAGUACAGAUGUCUGUGUCUCUUGGAGGCGAAAACUGGC